CUAAUAAGUGAAACAACAGGUUUUCAGAAGCGGAGAGGAAGGAAGCGCUUUUGCGAACAAAGGAGCUGCUGGGACUCAAUGACCGGAAUAGCCUGAUAUCUUCCGUCCGUCAUCAAGAUGUCAAAAAGGCCAUCUUAUGCCCCUCCCCCCACCCCAGCCCCCACUACACAAAUGCCCAACACCCCUGGGUUUGUGGGAUACAACCCAUACAGCCAUCUGGCCUACAACAACUACAGGCUUGGAGGGAACCCAGGCAGCAACAGCAGGGUAACGAAUUCGUCAGGGAUUACAAUUCCAAAACCACCGAAGCCCCCCGACAAGCCGUUGAUGCCCUACAUGCGAUACAGCAGGAAGGUUUGGGACCAAGUAAAAGCCUCCAAUCCAGAUCUGAAGCUAUGGGAAAUUGGGAAGAUUAUCGGUGGCAUGUGGAGAGACCUCACUGAUGAGGAGAAACAGGACUACUUGAAUGAAUACGAAGCAGAGAAGAUCGAGUACAAUGAGUCCAUGAAAGCCUACCACAACUCCCCGGCCUACCUGGCCUAUGUCAACGCCAAGAGCCGCGCGGAGGCGGCCCUGGAGGAGGAGAGCCGCCAGCGGCAGUCGCGCAUCGACAAGGGCGAGCCCUACAUGAGCAUCCAGCCCGCUGAGGACCCCGACGAUUACGAUGACGGUUUCUCCCUGAAGCACACGGCCGCCGCCCGCUUCCAGCGCAACCACCGGCUGAUCAGCGACAUCCUGAGCGAGAACGUGGUGCCGGACGUGCGCUCGGUCGUCACCACCGCCCGCAUGCAGGUCCUCAAGCGCCAGGUCCAGUCUCUCAUGGUGCACCAGAGGAAGCUGGAGGCGGAGCUGCUGCAGAUCGAGGAUCGCCACCAGGACAAGAAGAGGAAGUUCCUGGAGGCCACAGAGUGCUUCAACAACGAGCUGAAACGGCUGUGCAGCCUGAAGGUGGAGGUGGACAUGGAGAAGAUUGCGGCGGAGAUCGCGGCCGCGGAGGAGGCGGCCCGGCGGCGGGCGGAGGAGCGGGAGAGGGAGGCGGCGGAGCAGGCGGAGAGGGCGGCCGCCGCCCCGGAGGAGGAGCAGCAGGCCAAGCCCCCCGAGGACACGCCCAGCGAGGGCAGGCCCAAGGGCACGAAGAGGAAGGACGGCGAGGAAGAGGAGGAGUCUGCUUCCAUGGAGAUGGAUGAGCCCCGGGCAGAGGCUGGGGCUGAGGGCCAGCGGGGAAACGAGGAAGGACCCAGCGCCAUGGAAGAUAAGGAGAGCACGCGCGAGGGGGCCGACAGCAUGAUGGAGGAGGGAACCAGCGACAGCAACACGAGCUCCGAGAGCACCACCACCCCCCCGGAUGACGCCCUCCCACCCGAGCCCGCCUCUGAGGAGGGUCCCAGCAACAAGCCAGAAUGACUCCCAACCUCAAGCAGUAACAAGCCACACCCCUAUCCUCACCAACCUGGCACCCAUUAGACGCUAAACACAGGCUUCUGACAUGUCACAGCUGUACAGCCCCGAAUACCCGUAUCUGUGACCCUUUUUUUAACCACUCAUUGAUCCUGCAAGACCAGCAUUGCUCUGUAUAGUAAUGUUUCCCCUCAUAUGGAAGUCUCAGUCGUUGUAACUAUACUACUUCGGGGCACAAGAUCCACUGUGUAGUGUAGUUGCUAACUAUUGAACACAUGACAACUGACUGUCAGACAUGCUUUCAUGUAGGGUCACAUACAGACAGUGACACGCAGUACUGUCAGGCAGAGGGCCCUGGCAGUUCAGAAGUAUCUCAGAAUGGUGCAGUGCUGCUGGAUGGAUGUGCAGGAUCAGGGAUGGGCCUUUAUCAUAUUACUGGUGUAAACCUGAUGUUGUUUUUCUGCCUUGUUUUGAUAUCCUACUUUGAUACCCUUUUAUGGAGAUGUUUGGUCAGUCUUUGAUGGACCCUAGAGUUCAGCAUUCAAAUGAAAUGGUUAUGGCCUAAAUGGCCUUCCUGUGUAAACUUCAGUUUACUUUCAUUGGAAUUGGGUUUUUAGCAUGACUGCAUUGAUAUGAAUAUAUAGCAACCCCCCCUCCCCUAAAUUGAAAAGUAUAUAGUGUCCAGUUGAAAUGAUUGUCAAUUUUUUCUUUUUAAUCUUACUUUUUUAUUUUUAGUAUUUGUUUUUGAAAGUGGUAAAUUGUAAGUUUCUAUCAUUGCUAGUUCCAUUUUUGUAUUGCCAAAUUUCAUUCCCCAAAUAAAAUGAAAACUUA